UUAAUGAGCCCUCAUUCAACAAAAGCUCGCAUGAAAUUACGUGACGUGUCACUUCCCGUUUUCCCGUUGCGCGACUCUUCAUCCGGGAGACCUCGUUACCCAUUGAAAUGAACAAAGAAAGCCAAACUGAUGCGUGUCAGGUGGUCACACAAGCCCCACCCCCUUGUCACGACAUGCAAUGUAAAUAGGGCUAAUCUGCGCUGUACAUUAGGAAACACUUUGCAUGUUGGCGGAGGACGUGGAAGUCAGUUAUAAAAGGAGCUGAUCUCAUUGUUUUGGGUGGGAACUGAACUUUCAAGAUGCCCCACUCAAAGGCGCAAAAACAGAAAGUUCGGGUAAGCAUGAGCGAAGACACUUCUUCGGACCACGAGGACGGGGAAAGAGAACACUUUAUCGCGUGUUGUCUACCAAAAGGAUGUCCUUUAAAAAGCUCCGUCGAUUUGCCGACCUCUGUUCGGGUUAUUUGCAACAAUGACGCCUGCCAACAGAGCGGCUACAUGCACGUCGAAUGUUUUGACGAUUUCGAAGAGGAAAUUCUCGCGUAUUUACGAGGAACUGGACGAGCGCGUAGCUGGUCAGAGAAACAGAGAAGGCAGAACAUAUGGACAAAGAAGGGCUACGACUUGGCCUACAAGUGCUGUGCCUGCCAGUGCGGAAAAGGACAUUUGAGAAAGGAUCUUGAGUUUCAACCGCCAAAGCCCGAAGAAGUGGGCCAAUUGCAUUUGCAAAACCAGAUAAAAGGCAAACGAAAGAAAAAGAAAGGCAACGAGAAACCAUCUGUUAACGUUUCGACGACGAGCAGACCUCGCAGAAGUUCCCAAUCGUCUAACUGUAGUCAGUUAUCUGAGUCACCACCUGAACGAUCGCCGAUCUCACCGCUCCCAAAAACUCCCACCAAGAAAACGAGAGCGAAUUCGCAUGAAAAUAACUGUCACUUCUUCGGCGAGGCGUUCGCCAGUGUCAAUAAUUCGAACGUACUUGCUACGCACGCGAAUGUGUUGAGUAACUUUUUGAAAAGAGCGGACUUCAGCUCGUUUCAAGGCGUUUUACCUAAGCACAAAGUGAACCCUUAUCAUAUUAAAAUGGAGGAUGAGGUGAACGACGAGGCGCGUCAUUUUGUACUCUCGAAUCUCUCUUCUCGCAUGACCUGCACAGCGAGCUGCGUGCUCUGCAGCCGAGAGCUGCCCGUUUUCGAUAAAUACCCUCUUAUCGACGGAACGUUCUUUCUUUCACCGAGACAGCUAAACCCGACCUGCAUGGAUGUGUCACAAAACGGUAAAGCGCAGUACCUGACAGCGGUGUGCGUGCAAUGUUUGGAGGGCAUUCCCAAUCGCGUCAAGUGCAAACUCUGCAACAAAGAAUGGGACGGCUCUUCACAUCAACUUGGCACCAUGUACUGUUACGACAUCUUCGCCGCCUCGCCUUGCUGUCAACAGAGGGUGGCUUGUCAUUCUUGUGGCAAACCUGUCGUGGAUUUGAACGAGGGCAUGAAAUUCUUCUGGGAGUAUUCACAGUCGAUGAAGUGCCCUCAUUGCGGUGUUUCAGGCUUUCACUGUAUUAAGUCGAUCUCGUAUUAUGAAGUCCCCGACGUAAUACGCUAGUCAGGUCAUAGAUUUGGCAGAAGUUGCAGUAUUGCGAAUAACCGGCAUUUUGAUCAUCCUGGGCGGCCAUGCAUGUCAAUUGAAAGAUUCUUCAAGUAUACACAACGUUUAGGUGUGGCUAAUGGUAAUGAUCAAUAAGUCUCAAUGUUGGCUCAAAAAGAAAAAAUAAACCAUUUGGGCCAGGUAAAAUUGGCAUUUUGAAGCAAUGUAUUGUGUCUUGUACAAUAUGAUAAUUGUCGCUCUAAUACAGAUAAUUGUGAGAAUGAGCAAUUUCAUUCUGACACAAGCUUGCCAAUUUUUGAAGACAUCAACAUUGAAAUUCUCUGACAAGAAACUUAAAAUGCACCCUGGCCAAUUCAUUGCGCCUUGCCACUCCAGGAUUGGGGAGGGGUUCCACAACUGUCACAAGCCGUAUCACAUACAUUUCUUCUUUAGCAGUUCUUAGAACAAAUUACAAUACUGUCAAUAAUGACCAAUUUAUUUAUUUUGAGCACUUAGAGUAAGUUGGCAGUCUUUUCCAUUUAAUUUUUGUUCUAGAAUAAACUGUUUCGGAAUAAUUUCUCAAUUUUUUAAAAACAGGUCUUUUAAUAAUUAUAAAAUGCCCUGCAUUUAAUUAUUUUCACAUGAAGCAUCAGCUUAAACAGGAUUUCAAAUCAAGGGGCAAUUUAUUACUUGUAAAUAUGAUCAUUUUUGUGACUGUACAUGGUGCAUUGAUCCAUUAGGCAGCCUAAAAUCUAUGACAAAAUAUUCUGUCAUUUUUAUUUCUUAUUUGCCCAAUGUGGCUGCCUUUCACCUGUGAUGAGAAAGCAUGCAAAUGAUGGCCAAGAAUGGCAUAAGAGACAAUAGAACAAGUUCCAAACAGGUACACAAACACAAUUUUAUCAUAUGAACUCUAAUCCAUUUCACCUCACAAAACCCUGAACAGUGAGAAAAAGUAAGCAAAUAUACAUAGCAAACUAUCAGAUAGACAGAGAUCAUUGUGAAGUUUGUUCGAUUUAAUUUUCCUAAAGAACAGAAAGUAACUUACUGAACCUGUUAACCAUUAGUGAGAGAUUAAUCAACAAGCCCUUGUAAUUUGCAUGCAGCAAGCGAGCUAGCUUACAUGAAAGUUGCUCUUCUGUUACUGUGACUUCUCUAAAAAUAAUGAGUGCAUAAUGCAGUAUUUUUAUGGCUAGAGCUGGCUAAGAUAUAAUGC